CUAUGUAUUGUGGGAGAAUACAGAAUCCAUUUUGUUUAGAACGCUCGGAGCCGGAGGCCGUGUUCAUGACGUCAAGGCCACGCCCUUCCCUUCAUGUCUAUGGGAGGGGGCGUGUCAAACAUCUUACCUCAAUCCUUUGGAUAAGGGAAAAAAGAUGUUUUUCGGCAGAGUACUUCACCCAUUUAAGCCAUUGUUCACUGGAUCUGCAGGCAGCACUGGAAGAUCGGCCAUGUUUCAUGCCGGAGGCCUGUGAUUGUCGACCAUGUCUUCUACCAUCUACACUCCACUUGUCCUCUGUAUCUACAUCUUGGCCUUCGUGACAGGAGUGCCCUCCAACCUCUUGGCCUGUUAUACAUUCUUAGUUAAGGUCCGUCAAAAGCCGUCUCCGGUUGGACUGUUCCUCCUCAACCUCACCAUCUCCGACUUGCUCCUUCUUUUUGUCUUACCUUUCAAGAUGGUAGAAGCUGUUUCCGGUAUGACCUGGCCCAUGCCACUUUUUCUUUGCCCCAUUGUGACAUGGGUAUAUUUUUGUAGUAUAUACAUCAGUAUCCUCUUCCUGACUGCCGUCAGCAUCGAGAGGUAUCUCGGAGUUGCUUAUCCAAUGAAGUAUAAAGUUAUCAGGAAAACGGUGUACGCUGUCUGGAUCUGCGGCUUCAUCUGGGGGUUCAGUGCCCUUCAUGGCAGCGUCUCUUUCAUCGUCAUCACUGUCUUGCCCAGUAAUGAAAGUCAAGAUGGCCGAUGUUAUCAAAGGUUUACUGCAGGACAGAAGAAACUUCUAAUGCCCUUCAGACUAGAAGGAAGCCUCCUGAUGUUCUUCAUCCCGUUCAUGAUAACCAUCUUCUGCUAUUUUAACUUUGUCCGGUUGCUCUUGUCCAUGCCCAAAAUAAGAAGGAAGAAGAAGUACCGAGCGAUAUGUUUAGCGGUGGCCACACUCUUCAACUUCACCCUGUGUUUCGUCCCAUACAAUAUAUCACAUAUUGUCGGCUUCAUCCAAGACAAGAGUUCACAUUGGAGAGUCUACGCUCUACUAUUGACCACACUCAACGCCAGCAUCGACCCCAUAAUAUUCUAUUACUCCUCCACUGCUGUCCAGAAGACAUUUCUAAAAUGUCUACAAGGCUUGAAGAAGAAACUGUGUAUGCAGGACAAUCAUGAGGUUCACGUGGAACUCAGUAAGACAAGUGACACUCGGACAACAUACAACAAUGAGACAUCUGUCUGAUGGUUAAAAAAACAUCUACGAUUGUAGGUCAUUCAUGUUGGACACAAAGAUGGCUCCCAAGAGUCACAACCAUGUGUUUUUUGUUAAAGGGGUAUUCCAGCUAAGAACAUUUUAUUUUUUUUCAUA